AUGUCCACAGUAUCUGAGCGAACGAGCAUCCUUCGUGAGUUCGCAACGAAUGAUGAUCUCAGGCAACGUAUAUUCGAUGCUAUGGAACGAUUUAACGGUUCAGCGGGCGGAACUUCACGGGCCUUGUCCCGUUUCGAAGAUCCAGAGUUGCUCGGCCCGACUUGUGACGUUGUCGCCGAGGGAACUCGUGGGCAAGCCACGCUCGUCCAUAUCCAACAACCCGAUACGGAGCAUGUUGUUGAAUUAUGCGGAGUGCUAGUCGAUAGCAAACUGCCGCCUUGGUUCUCGACAAACAGGCUGCUUGACGGAUUACCGAAGAAAACCGGCAUACCCCUUUCCUAUGCCGACAUAGCCUUCUUCGACCACAGCUCUUUGAACUCGACGCUUGCAGCCCUCGAGAACAUCCGCAAGAUAUUCAUGUGCAAGCAAGGCGACAUAGAUGCUCUGAAGUACGGCGAGUGCGUCAACGGCGGCGUCGUUGUUCGAGCCCAAAAUCGAGUGGCUUGUCCGCCAAAGGACUUACAAGCCGGCAUCGUUGACCUUGGCGACCCCGGCAAAGACAUUGACCCUCAAGGUAUAUUCCGCAAGCAAAUAUUGAAGAGCCGCGGCCUGUGCUAUACGUCUGAGAAUGAGGUGUCUUUUUAUCGCGCCUCAAACGUAACUGGCGCUUUCGGAGAUAUGUCAUGGACCAAGAUCCCCCCCCGCGAAGUUAGACCUGGCAUGGUCGUUAAUGUUCAGGCGGUGCCCGUUGUCAUUCCUACCGCGAAGGGUACGUUGAAGAUGGCGUUGAAGUUACGAUCAAUCAUGAUCAUAAGCGAUGAGGCGUUGAAGGUGAGUUAA